AUGUAUAUUGAAUUAAUCAAGAUUAUUAAUUUAUCAAUUAUUAAACAACAACAACCCAAUAAUAACAAAACAAUUCAAUAUUAUCAACAUAAAUUAAAUUCAUUUAAAUCUAAAUUACGUCAUUUCCAAUUAAUUAUUAAUGAAUCUCAAUUAAAUCAACAUCAUUUAAUUAGAAUUAAACAAUUCAACUUAUUACAACAGGAACAAGUACCAGAACAACAACAACCAUCCAAUGAUCUUAAUGAGAUGAGAAAUCAAUUAUUCAAUAACAAAUCAACCAUUGCUCCACCCAUUAUCACCCCAACAUCAAUCAAUCAACAAAUUGUAUCUCAAAAUAAACAAAUCACCCAAUCAUUACAAAUAUCAAGACAAUUAUUAUCAGCAACAAUCUUACAAAGUGAAUUAAAUAUUGAUAAUUUAGAACAACAAACUAAAGAUCUCCUGCAAUUAAAUGAAUCAUUUAUCAAAUUUCAAGAUUUAUUAACUAAUUCAAAACAAAUUAUUAAAUUUAUUGAAAAACAAGAUAAAUCUGAUAGAAAGAGGAUUUAUUUAUCUAUUGGAUUCUUCUUGUUAUGUUGUUGUUGGGUGAUUUAUAGUUCUUAUAAUUCUUCUGGAAACUCCAAUAACAAAACCAGAUACAAAUUUUACAAAAAUGUUUUUAAUUGGUUGAUGGGAACUACCACUAAUGUUACUACUACUGGGGUUAGCGCUAGUGCUAGUGUUAGUAGUAUAUUAGCUACAACAGCCACAUCCGUACCCCUUGAUGAACCUGUUUCAUCGGUUAUUGAAAAUAUUAUUGAAUCCACUGCAAGUACUACAAGUAUUAUAGCUACUACUGCCACAUCGGUACUACUUGAUGAGUCUGUUACAUCGGUUGUUGAGAAUAUUAUCGAAUCAACUACAAGUACUACUAGUAUUAUAGAUACUACUGCCACACCUAUGCUACUCGAAUCACCCAUUGAAAGUGUUAUUGAAUCGGCAAUCAAUUUCAUAAUACUUGACGAAUCCAUUGAAACUACCUUGUCAUCCAUACUAGAAGAUAUAACAACCACAUCAAUAAUUGAAGCAGUCAUCGAAUCUUCUUCUACAUUUAUAGAGCACCUUGCAGAUGAAUUGUAA